AUGAAGUACAUGAGAACAAACAGCUUGAAGUUGAAGCGGCUCUUCUCACUAGUCCGCCGAACCCUCGAAGAAGAAGACGAAGAGAUAAUCGGGAAUGAAGAUGGAAAGCCAAUUCGCCAAACCAAAGAGAAUAUCGUCAUCAAGUCGCCCAGAGCACCCACCUGGAGAUGCUUCUCUUACGACGAAAUAUCACUCGCCACUAAUGCCUUCCACCCAGAUAAUUUGGCGGGAAAAGGAGGGUAUGCGGAGGUUUACAGGGGAACCAUGCCGGGAACAGGGGAAGUUGCGGUGAAACGGCUGACAAAAUCGUGUACCGACGAGAGGAAAGAGAGGGAGUUCCUAUCGGAGAUCGGGACAAUUGGCCACGUCAAUCAUCCAAACGUUCUUCCUUUAGUUGGUUGUUGCAUCGACAAUGGACUUUACCUCAUUUUCCAAUACUCCUCCAUUGGCUCACUAGCUUCUCUUCUCCAUGGGGAGAAUUGGGGAGAGUUGAAUUGGAGAAGAAGACACAAGAUAGCGAUCGGGACCGCUAAAGGGAUCGAGUAUCUCCACAAAGGAUGCCAAAGAAGAAUCAUUCACCGGGACAUCAAAUCGUCUAAUGUUCUACUGACGGAGGAUUAUGAGCCCAUGAUAUCGGAUUUCGGGCUGGCGAAAUGGCUGCCAACACAAUGGUCUCACCAUUCAAUCGGACCCAUUGAAGGAACAUUCGGGCACUUGGCGCCAGAGUAUUAUUUGCAUGGGAUAGUGGACGAGAAGACGGAUGUGUUCGCGUUUGGAGUGUUCCUGUUAGAGCUCAUCUCCGGCAAGAAACCUGUCGAUGGGUCUCACCUCAGCCUUCACAGCUGGGCGAAGCCAAUCCUAAAGAGAGGGGAAGUGGAGGAGGUGGUGGAUGGAAGGCUGGAAGGAGAGUACGAUGGAACAGAGCUGAGACAACUUGCAUUUGCUGCUUCCCUCUGCAUUAGACCUUCCCCAGCCUGGCGCCCAACCAUGGCCGAGGUGUUGAAGGCAAUGGUAGAUGUGGAGGAGAUGGGGAAAGAGAGGUGGAAGAUGCCAGAGGAGGAAGAGGAGCAACAUGAUGAGUUUUGGGGGUUUGAAGAUCUUGAAUGUGAUGAUGAAACUAUUUCCUUUUCUGGUUCUUAUUCUCUUUCCCCACAAGCUUCCUUCUCUAUGAUGAUCUCCACUACUAUUACUCCUAUUUCUACUAUCAAUGUUACUAUUGCCACUCCAACCUCAAUGAUUCCUUCUUAA